AUGGCCCAGGACUCUCAAAAUCCAUCCAAGCCCAAAUGGGGAGUGGGGUCCUUCUUUCAACAGGCCGUUGCAGGUGUCGAAUCUCGGUUAGAUCAUAUUCUGUUGGACGAAGAAGAGAGACAGAAAAAUGCAGCCGCGAAUCCAAAGCCUCAGGAGAUUGAGACCAAGAGCACACCAUUGACAAGGUCUCCAGCCGGCUCGAUAUCUCGAAGCGCUUCAACUGCGCGAAGGAAUGAUCGACUCCAAGAACGGCUGGCGCGUGCCAUGGUAAAAUCAAAUAACACGAUUCGCAACACCCAGUCUUCACCGACCCGAUCGUCGCCAGCUGCUAGUCCACGACCGAGUAACGAUGUGCGACGGAGCAUGGAUAUCGACUCCACUUUAGCAUCCUCUGCGGAGAUCACCGAAGAUCUUAAAAAUACACCGCAUGCCGAAGAGGGGACUAAUGUUGAAGAAGAUUUGCCGAGACCCAGUUGUGAUUCCGAGACAUCAAUCCAACGUUCCACUGAAUUGGGUGGUAUAGACACGUUGCCGCGAGCCUCGGGCGACAUGGAAGAGCGUCCAGCAAGCUUGGAUAGUAACCGCGAGGAACCGAUAGAGUCCCAGUCAACAUUGGAAGACGUGAUUCGUCCUUCUGUGGACAGCGCACGGAUGAGCAUGGACACGCCAGCGAAUGAUGGCCCGGCUGAAGAGAAAGCAGCCGAAUCUGAGAGACAGGAGGAGAUACACGGAUACAUUGAACGUAUCGACGCAUUACAAUCAAAGCUCAAAUAUCUUGCAAAAGAAGCUGCGGACUCGGCGAAGAUUGCAGCUGCCAAUGCUUCCCCUGGAAGUGUCAAGAAACAACUACUAGAAAAGGACGAAAAGAUUGCAUUGCUCCUCGAAGAAGGACAGAAACUAUCAAAGUCCGAGAUGGACCAUCGAACUGCCAUCAAGAAGAUCCGCCAACAGCUUAGCGAUAUCACCAAGAAUCAGACGGAGCUGAAGAAAAAGAACGAGAAAUUGGAACGGGAUUUUGCCAACUCGGAAGCCAAGGCAAAGCGAGCUGAGGCUGCAGAAAAGAGAGCCACUGAGUCAUUAUCAUCGCAGACCAAAACUACCAAAGACUAUGAUGCUGUGUCGAAUGAGCGAAAUGCUCUGAACCAGACUGUCUCUGAAAUGAAGGCACAGCUGAGUCGAGCGCUUGCGCGCGCUGAAGCUGCCGAGGCCAAGGCCCACUCUGACGCGUUAGAUCACGAGAAGCAUAAAGCUGAUGAAAUGGAAGAAGAGCUGGCGAAUAUAAAGAUUGACCGUGAUAUCAGCGAUCAGAAGAGCAAGAGGGAGAUCGCUGAACUGCAGGAGAAGCUUGAUCAAGAGAAAGACCGCGCCCGUAUGCUUGAGGAAGAAUUGAAGGGCGAACAGUCGGUCCUGGAAAGUAAGAUGGAGAGUCUUCGGACUCGGGCCGAAGAAGCUUCAUCCGGUGCAACCGGGGAGACCCAGGCCAAGCUUUUGCGACAGAUCGAGACAUUACAGACUCAAUAUUCAGUUGCCAGCGAGAAUUGGCAUACCUUAGAAGGCUCUUUGCUCUCUCGAUUGGCCAAUGUUGAGAAAGAACGAGAUGACACUAGCCGAAGAGAAGGGGAGCUGCGAAAAAAGAUCCGGGAGCUGAAUCUCAAAGCCAAGAAGCUGGAAGAGGAUGUUGAAACUGCCAAAGAGUCCGAGCUAGAGGUGGAAAACGAACUUGAAAAGCGCAUGGAAGAGUUGCAGAAAUUGCAACAAAAGCUUGACAAGGCAGUGGAAGACCUUUCUACCACCCAGAAAGACUUUGUGGAGCAAAAGAAGGUGUGCGAUGCGUCGUGGACACAGAAACUGGAAGAAGAACGAACUAAGUGGCGGGAGCAAAUGAACAACUUGCAACAACCUCGUGGUAUAUCUCCCGUUCAAUCAAUACGACGUUCAAGCAAUCUCGACGCCAUUCCAGCCGGUCCAUAUGACUAUCGUCCUUCUAGCCGUCGUUCGUCCACCAUGCCAUUUGCCUCGCCGGAUAUCGGCACGCCGCCACGCCAGAACUCAUACCCGGCCUCAAUUAAUCAAGGAACAUUGUCUCCUCCCCCGAUCAACACCAACAUUAUCAUGGAGACUCCGUCAAUCACAUUUGAGCCUGAUGAGUUUUUUGGUUCUGCCACACCGGCUACUCCAUCUAUGUACGGUGGUACACAAGCUAUGCCAUCGCGCGGCAUCAACGAUAUUAUUUCCGAGUCAACCGUUGGCGCAGGCCCAUCAGUGCAGCUAGUCGAGCGCAUGAGUGCUACCGUCCGACGUUUGGAAAGUGAACGUGCCGGUUCCAAAGACGAGUUGGUGCGGGUCACUGCUCAGCGUGAUGAAUCCAGACAGCAAGUUGUGGAUCUCAUGCGUGAACUAGAGGAGAAGAAGACUGCAGAUUCUCGCGUGCAGGAACUGAAUGAUCAGCUUACAGAGAUUGAUCAGCGGUACCAGACCACCCUCGAGAUGCUGGGCGAAAAGAGUGAACAAGUCGAAGAACUUGAAGCUGAUAUUGCUGACUUGAAGAAGAUCUAUCGCGAGUUGGUCGAUAGUACCAUGAAAUGA